GAAUAACGGACAAAGAUCAGACAUCGUAUAACAAAUUUCUUUCGAAUUUAUUGUUAGCGACCCAUUUUGUCCCGAAAGAAAAUGGUUCAAGGUGGAUCACAUUUAAACAAUUGUUUAUCGAAAUGCAAAUUACAUUUAUUUAUUGGUUGACUAAUGUCUUUGAAGGGCAUUUUUUUUCUUAUACAUUUGUAUUUGUCAAAAAUAUGAAAUCAGUUAUUUCACACUUAUUCUGGUCAUUUAUUUAGGUAUUUAAGUAUUUUACAGCACUCUCGUUGUAUUUAUCCAAUUCGGCAAGUCUCGUUAGAUGAAUGUACGACUCAUGUAGUAAAAAUUAUCAUUUUGAAACUCGCUGCAUAAAUAACUAUUUUUUAAUUUCUUUUUAUUUGUGAAUUAUAAUUUAUGCGCAUUCGUCACACAUGUCAAAUAUAUUAUACGGAUUAAACGGAUUAGAUUUCAGCUCUAUAAUAAAGACAAAUCAAUCAACUCAAUCAAUCAUGUUGAUACCUGUUAUUUGAUAAUCCUUUUAUUUGUUUCUAAACAUGUUUUUAUCUUCCACCCGCAGGACGUAUAUUCAGUUCAAACCAAUCCAAUGUUUUUGAGCAAAGCGCAAUGGCAAUCGUUGACGAUCAGUCCUUCCUUCAUCAGCUUCAGAUUUCCCCAAAUGUAUUGACAAUCGUUACCAACUCUGAAACAUCGUCAUGCGCAUCCGGUUCCGUCGAAGUGCAGUCAGCAGCAAUAAACGUAGGCGAGACUGCAGAAGACCCUACUAUCGAACAGGUGCCAGCUGAAAUAAACGAUGAGACUAUGGAUAACAAUUUGCAUGACGAAAACAAAUCCCCAAACGUGUCUGUUAAACGAUGUCGUGAAGAACUCCCUGGUUUUCACGUCGUUAAGAAAAAUGUUUCCACUGGAAUGAAAUUUCGUUCAUUUGAAAUAAAAUGGGACAAAGUUAGCGAUAAUACGCUAUCGAAACUGGAUGCACUGCAGGACUACAAACUAAAAAAUCAUUCAAGUUCAGCUCCCAAACCAAUGCGGCUUACAAAACAAGAAAGAUGUGGAUUGAUUAACUGCAUCGUCGAUCAACUCAGGGCCAUCGAUACCUGCAUUCAAGCGGAUAUCAUGGAAACAGUGGCCAAAGAUAUUUUGCGCAAGUACCCAUGCUUGGAAAUGGUGGAUGAUGAUGGAUACGGAGAUGGUUUGAGUUACGUGGUAUUGAAGCACAAGUUAAUCAACCACAAUUCAUACCUUAACCGGUUCAAAGAUCCGAACCAUCAGACAACCAGAGUCACUUCACAGACCCGGAAAUGCAGCAACGCUAGAGCGGGUACUUCCAAAGAAUACUGGGCCAAAUCAUCACCUGAAUGUGCCAAAGAACUUUUCGUAAAACUGCGAAGAGAUGAGCCUAACUUGCUAUCUGAUGAGUGUCUACAAUCAACUCAUGCAUUUGUUCGAUAUCGUUUGGAUUCGCAUCGAGAUCUGAGAACGUUACUGUUGGAACUUCCGGUUCUGCGCAGAAGGAAAUUGCUGUCCUACCAUUUCAACCAAGCUACUGGAACUGACAUCGACACACUACGCAAGUUUUUCAACAUGAAACGAAUCAAAAUAAUUGAGUAUUCGGCAGCAGUAAGUAAACCAGGGAAACUGCUUGAAUCUUGCUCGGAUGCUGAAAUUUUCCAGUUCCUGGCUUCUAUGGUUGGCGAAAAUUUGAACAACCUUGUUUUGAAGAAAGAGGUAAACUUUUAUUUAAUGACAUCAAAACAGCAUGUUAAUUCGGUUUUCUUAUGAUUGUAGGUAGGAACACGGAUGGAGGACAUCGAUCAUGCAUCAGGUGGACCAGUUUUGGUCGCGAUAGACAUGGGAAAUGAUAAAGCUAUGUAUUACGUUUACGCUGAACAAACACGUCUUUCGGAAGGAACUGAAGAUAUCGUUGGCGGAAUCCAGGAUCUAAUGAGCGUUCAUUACGUCCACAAUUUUGUGUACCUGAAGGAGGCAUCAAAGUUUCUCGAGCUAGUCCAACAAUACUUCCUCAAAAUAAUCCCCAGCAAGGGCUCCAAAUCGACCGCAAACCGGGUUGGUCCAAUUCAACGUGUUGUUAAGAAAGCCAUUGAAACGCUUUCAUCAUAUGACGCGUCACAGCCUGGCCCUUCUAAUUUGUGAAAUGCUAGUUUGUUCAGCUAAGUACGUUGAGUUAUGAUAAUAAUAUGAAUAAUUACUAGCGAACAUCUGAAACAUAAUGUUUUUAUGACAUUUAAUAUAGUUAAGAGAUAAAAGCUUGAAAUCUGCAAGUGUUAGAUGUUUUAGAUAAGAGAAUAAAAGAGUUUUUAUUAUACUCAAAAUUUGUUUCAAUGCAUUUGCUGAAAGAAAUUAUCAUAUAGCUUUGAUGGUUGAUGUGGUGGCACUAGUUUUG